GUCCUAGUGAUGCGUCUCCAGAUGAAGGAGUAGUAGAAGAUCUGCCUUUAAUAGAUGAGAAAGCUGUGGAGCAGCUAACUGAAGGAUUGAUUUCUCAUUAUCUGCCUGAUCUUCAGCGAUCAAAAUCAGCACUACAGGAACUCACACAAAACCAAGUGGUAUUACUAGAAACAUUAGAACAAGAAAUUUCAAAAUUCAAAGAGUGUAACUCCAUUCUUGAUAUCGAUGCUCUGUUUUCAGAAGCUAAACAUUAUCACAACAAGCUAGUGAAUAUUAGAAAUGAAAUGAUGAUGCUCCAUGAGAAGACAUCAAAGUUAAAAAAAAGAGCGCUCAAGCUGCAACAAAAGAGGCAGAAGGAAGAACUGGAACGAGAACAGCAACGUGAGAAGGAACUUGAAAGAGAGAAGCAGUUAACAGCAAAACCUGCUAGGAGGACGUGA